AGAACUGCGGGGUUAGUCCAUCAUUAUCAAGGAGACGACGCCAAGUCAAUCACUGAGUGCAAAUGAGGAUUAUUAAAUAGCCAGAACUUGGAUAGCUUUAUCUAACACCAAGAAAGAGAGAGAGAUAAGAGGGAGUGAGAGAGUGAGUGAGGAUGGGUUUUGCAGAGAAGAAUUCUUAUGAUCUUCGUUUUCUUUUGUUCAUAUCCAUAAUUUUGAGCUGUUCUAUUUCAGCUUCUGCAACUAUCGCAGAAGCAAAUGCUCUUCUGAAAUGGAAAUCCACUUUCACGAACCAGAGUCACUCAUCAAAGCUGUCUUCAUGGGUCAAUGAUGCAAACACCAAUCCUAGCUUUUCCUGCACAAGUUGGUAUGGUGUUUUUUGCAACUCACGAGGGAGUAUCGAAAAGUUAAACCUCACUGACAACGCUAUAGAAGGUACUUUCCAAGAUUUCCCCUUCUCUUCUCUCCCAAACCUUGCUUCAAUUGAUCUUAGCAUGAACCGUUUCUCUGGAACCAUCCCUCCUCAAUUCGGAAACCUCUCUAAACUCAUCUACUUUGACCUCUCCACAAACCACUUAACUAGAGAAAUCCCACCUGAGCUUGGCAAUUUGCAAAACCUCAAAGCCCUCUCUCUUUCUAAUAACAAACUUGCCGGUUCAAUUCCUUCUUCCAUAGGGAAACUCAAGAACUUGACGGUUCUUUAUCUUUAUCAGAACUAUCUAACUGGUGUCAUUCCCCCGAAACUAGGCAACAUGGAAUCCAUGACAGAUUUAGAGUUAAGUGAGAACAAACUAACCGGUUCAAUUCCUUCUUCCUUAGGAAAUCUCAAGAACUUGACGGUUCUUUAUCUUUAUAAGAACUAUCUAACUGGUGUCAUUCCCCCGGAACUAGGCAACAUGGAAUCCAUGAUCCAUUUAGAGUUAAGUGACAACAAACUUACCGGUUCAAUUCCUUCUUCCUUAGGAAAUCUCAAGAACUUGACGGUUCUUUAUCUUUAUAAGAACUAUCUAACUGGUGUCAUUCCCCCGGAACUAGGCAACAUGGAAUCCAUGACAUAUUUAGACUUAAGUGAGAACAAACUAACCGGUUCAAUUCCUUCUUCCUUAGGAAAUCUCAAGAACUUGACGGUUCUUUAUCUUCAUCACAAUUAUCUUACUGGUGUCAUUCCCCCGGAACUAGGCAACCUGGAAUCCAUGAUUGAUUUAGAGUUAAGUGACAACAAACUUACCGGUUCAAUUCCUUCUUCCUUAGGAAAUCUCAAGAACUUGACGGUUCUUUAUCUUCAUCACAAUUAUCUUACUGGUGUCAUUCCCCCGGAACUAGGCAACAUGGAAUCCAUGAUUGAUUUAGCGUUAAGUCAGAACAAUCUUACUGGUUCAAUUCCUUCUUCUUUUGGUAACUUUACCAAGCUGGAAAGUUUGUACCUCCGUGAUAACCACCUCUCUGGUACGAUCCCGCGAGGAGUGGCAAACUCUUCAGAGCUAACUGAAUUGCUACUCGACAUAAACAAUUUCACCGGUUUCUUGCCUGAAAACAUUUGCAAAGGUGGCAAGCUUCAGAAUUUUUCAUUAGAUUAUAAUCACCUCGAAGGUCAUAUCCCGAAAAGCUUGAGAGAUUGCAAGAGCCUGAUCAGAGCAAAAUUUGUAGGGAACAAAUUCAUUGGAAAUAUUUCUGAAGCAUUUGGGGUUUACCCAGAUCUUGAUUUCAUUGAUCUCAGCCAUAAUAAAUUCAACGGUGAAAUUUCAAGCAACUGGCAGAAGAGUCCAAAGCUAGGUGCCUUGAUCAUGUCAAACAACAACAUCACAGGUGCUAUUCCACCAGAGAUUUGGAACAUGAAACAACUGGGCGAGCUAGAUCUGUCUACCAACAACCUCACUGGUGAGCUUCCAGAAGCAAUUGGAAAUCUCACGGGUUUGUCGAAGCUACUACUGAAUGGGAAUAAGUUAUCUGGAAGAGUUCCUACGGGUUUAAGUUUCUUAACCAAUCUUGAGUCUCUUGACUUAUCCUCAAACAGAUUCAGCUCCCAGAUCCCACAAACCUUCGACUCCUUUUUAAAGCUUCAUGAAAUGAACCUGAGCAAAAACAAUUUCGAUGGACGCAUUCCCGGACUAACAAAGCUGACUCAGUUAACGCAUCUUGAUCUCAGCCACAACCAGCUCGACGGAGAAAUCCCAUCACAGCUCAGCUCCUUGCAGAGCCUCGACAAGCUCAACCUCUCACACAACAAUCUCUCAGGUUUCAUUCCAACAACUUUCGAGAGCAUGAAAGCGCUGACGUUCAUCGAUAUAUCAAAUAAUAAACUCGAGGGUCCGCUUCCAGACAAUCCAGCGUUUCAAAACGCAACAUCAGAUGCAUUGGAGGGAAACAGAGGCUUAUGCAGUAAUAUUCCUAAACAAAGGUUGAAAUCAUGCCCUAUCACUUCUGGUGGGUUCCAAAAGCCGAAGAAGAACGGCAACCUUCUUGUGUGGAUACUAGUGCCAAUCCUAGGAGCACUCGUCAUUCUCUCUAUAUGUGCAGGCGCAUUUACCUACUACAUUCGGAAACGAAAACCACACAAUGGAAGAAACACAGAUUCUGAAACUGGAGAGAAUAUGUCCAUAUUCAGCGUUGAUGGCAAAUUCAAAUACCAAGAUAUCAUCGAAUCAACAAACGAAUUCGAUCAAAGAUACCUCAUCGGAAGCGGAGGAUACAGCAAAGUCUACAAAGCAAACCUCCCAGAUGCGAUCGUAGCCGUGAAAAGGCUACAUGAUACAAUAGACGAAGAGAUAUCAAAGCCAGUGGUGAAGCAAGAGUUCCUAAACGAAGUAAGAGCGUUAACAGAGAUCCGUCACCGCAACGUGGUGAAGCUCUUCGGCUUCUGCUCCCACCGCCGCCACACGUUUCUGAUCUACGAGUACAUGGAAAAAGGAAGUUUAAACAAACUCUUAGCCAACGAAGAAGAAGCUAAGCGACUCACUUGGACCAAGAGGAUCAACAUCGUGAAAGGUGUGGCUCACGCGUUAUCGUAUAUGCACCAUGACCGAUCAACUCCGAUCGUCCACCGUGAUAUUAGCAGCGGCAACAUCCUUCUCGAUAAUGAUUACACAGCUAAGAUCUCUGAUUUUGGCACAGCGAAGCUUCUCAAGACGGAUUCAUCAAACUGGUCCGCCGUUGCUGGAACCUACGGCUACGUCGCUCCAGAGUUUGCUUACACGAUGAAGGUGACGGAGAAAUGCGAUGUGUAUAGCUUCGGGGUUUUGAUACUCGAGGUUAUAAUGGGGAAGCAUCCGGGAGAUUUGGUUGCGAGUUUGUCUUCGUCUCCGGGAGAAACUCUGUCCCUGAGAAGCAUUUCCGAUGAACGUAUAUUAGAACCACGGGGGCAGAAUAGAGAGAAGCUCAUAAAGAUGGUGGAAGUGGCUUUAUCGUGUUUACAAGCAGAUCCGCAAUCUCGGCCAACGAUGUUAUCAAUCUCUACAGCUUUUUCUUAGAACUCAUCUUCAUCAAUUUCUUCGACGAGAAGGGAAGAAGAAAGAGAAGUCGUAAGGUGAAAGAAGAAGAAAGAAGAAAAAGACUUUGGGCCAUGUUGCAUUAAGGCCCAAUGUUAAUGGGUUAUUUUGUGUUGGUAAACUUUGAUAAUUAUGAAUUAGUUACGUUAAGAUCAAAUGUAGUAUAUAUAUGUUGUGUGGUUGUAAUAUCUAAUACUACUAUUUUUGCAACACUUUAUUGACGGGUGGGUAAAAAUGCUUCCGAAUAUAUCAGAUACCCGACCCGUUUUAAAAAUUCCUUCACAAAAAAACACUUGGAUCGGAUUAAAUAAAACCCAUUUAUUGCACCGGAUA